AUGAAGUUCGGUAGUAAAUUCUGGGAGAUAAUUUCGGACGAGCAUGGCAUUGACGAUACGGGAAAUUAUCACGGAGAUUCUGACUACCAACUGGAAAGAAUCAGCGUUUACUACAACGAGGCUCACGGUGGGAAAUAUGUUCCGCGAGCUCUCCUGAUUGAUCUUGAACCUGGCACCAUGGAUUCAGUCCGGGCAGGUCCACUGGGCAAGCUGUUUCGUCCCGACAACUUUAUUUACGGCCACAGCGGAGCCGGCAAUAACUGGGCAAAAGGCCACUACACGGAGGGCGCGGAGUUGGUCGACUCGGUGUUGGACGUGGUGCGCAAGGAAUCAGAGGCGUGUGAUUGCCUUCAGGGGUUUCAGCUCUGCCACUCCCUAGGUGGAGGCACUGGUUCAGGUAUGGGAACCCUUCUUAUAGCGAGAAUCAGAGAAGAGUAUCCCGACAGGAUCAUGACGUCAUUUUCGGUUGUGCCUUCUCCUAAGGUUUCGGACACCGUAGUUGAGCCCUACAACGCUACGUUAUCGGUUCAUCAACUUGUGGAAAGCACAGAUGAAACCUUUUGCAUUGACAACGAAGCCCUCUAUGACAUUUGUUUUCGGACGCUGAAGCUCCCGAAUCCAAAUUAUAGUGAUCUCAACCACCUUGUCAGCCUAACCAUGUCAGGGGUGACCACAUGUCUCCGCUUCCCGGGCCAACUGAACUCUGAUCUGAGGAAACUUGCAGUGAACAUGGUUCCAUUCCCUCGUCUACACUUCUUCGUGCCCAGCUUUGCACCCCUCGCCAGUCGUUCCUCACAGUCCUAUCAGAGUUGCACCAUACUUGAGCUUACUAGACAAAUGUUUGACGUGAAAAACAUGAUGGCUGCUUGUGACCCGAGUCAUGGACGGUAUUUGACAGUGGCUGCCAUGUUUCGGGGUAGAAUUUCAAUGAAAGAAGUUGAGGACCAGAUGAUGGAAACACAAAGGAAAAAUUCCUCCUACUUUGUCGAGUGGAUCCCGAACAAUGUGAAGACAGCUGUCUGUGAUAUACCACCUCGGGGCUAUAAGAUGUGUGCGACCUUUAUUGGAAACACCACUGCUAUUCAGGAACUCUUCAUUCGUGUAAGUGACCAGUUUUCGGCCAUGUUCCGCCGGAAGGCGUUUCUUCAUUUCUACACCAGCGAGGGCAUGGACGAAAUGGAGUUCUCUGAGGCCGAAUCGAACAUGAACGACUUGAUUAGCGAAUAUCAACAGUACCAGGAAGCUGGAAUUGAUGAUGGUGAAGAGGAAGAGCAGGAAGAAGAGGCAUAUGGAAAUGAGUAA